CCGGAUCAAGACUGGACUAUAUCCAAUCCAAUCUUUGGUCCUUAUAUUUUCAAAAAGACCGGACUGGACCGGAUGAAUUUGGGCCAAUUUAAUCGGACUGGCCGUAUAGCCACUCCUAAUGUUUAGUCUCAUGUUUAGACACGUCUAGGCGUUAGAUAUAUAACACCAGAUUGUUUUUAGGGGGAUUCUGCUACGAUUUAAGUAAUGAAACACGCCGAUAGAGUAAGGUGAUACUUCAGACAUAAUUAGAUGGAAUUAAGAAGUCAAUAUUAAAUGAUGAAAUUAACAUAUCCGUAAAGUCAAUUCUAUAUCCAUGUUUUCAAUAGUUCAAGAAUUGUAUAAAUUAUUAGACUAUGAUUCUAUAAAUAGGUUAGACGCUAGACAACGUUCCAACGGUCUUCUCAACCUUGAUACUACCAGAAGAGAACCCAUAAAAAAUCACACCUAGCUAGCUCUCUGCAUGUCUUUAUCUAUUGUUUGUCACGGUUUUCUUUUCGCUGCGUUCAUCCAAUGAACUGUAAUUAACCUGAACCCAAUCUAAUCGGAACUAAAUGAACUUAUUUUAUCAAUUAAGAUAUAGAAAAAAAUGAAACUUUAGUAGCGAUGAAUGGAUUAUGAGUCACCAAUCUGGGUAGUGACUUUCACAAUAACUAUCAUUUGUCCUCACAGAAUAGUGGGCGUGAACCAAAAGGGUGCUUGCUAAGGUUUUCGGAAAAAGUUGAUUUAAUUUUUUAUUUAAACUAUUGGUUGAUGAGAUAGUCAAUAAUUAGUGGCCAUGAUUAGUUCAUUGAUAAAAUGAGUGAAUUUUCAGAAAUGGCUGAUAUGAAUUAUGUUUAAAAAAUAAUAUCAUUAAUAAAAACAGUAUGUUGGAUAUGAACUUUUUCAAUUGAAGUGGCUUUUAAAAAUCUACACAAUAAAUAAAAGACAAAUGAGAAGAUUUGAAGUUUCAUUUCAAAUUUUUUGCAUCCAGAGUGAAAGUAGGAAAGACAUUUUGAUCUUCACAAUUUUUUUUAUUCAUUAAAAAGACACGUACUAGGAUUUGAAUCAUGACCACUUUAAAUAAAAGCAAAGAUCAUAAGCAAUCACACUAAGUACAUUUGUUGUAUCUUUUUAAAUUAAAACAUAUAAUAACAGAGAGGAAAAAAUCUUUCCCCCAUUUCAAAUUCCCUGCUCAAUGAGCGUUUGUAGUAGAAUAGGGAGUGUCAAUUUUUUUUCUUUUUCCUCCGUGGAACGGGCAAACUUACCGUACACAUGCUGAUUUAAACGGGUCUAGGAGUGUCAGUUUUUUUCUUUAAGCCCUUUUAUUUCUCCGCGGUUGUAAAAUAUAUAUGAAAAGGCAAAAACAAUACUCCUUUUUAUUGCUAAAACGAAGAAAAAAAAUUUAACAAUAACCUAAUGCAUGGAUUCUAAUGGGCUAACCGCUAAUCAUAAAAUAAAAGAGUUGAAUGGGUCUGACCUACACAGGAUUUGCCCAUCAAGUAAAACAAAUGAACAUCAUGGGUUUGUCAUUCUAAAACAAGCUAUUUUCUCUAGUAUAAUAUAUAUUAUGCUAUUAUUUUAUAUCCUAGUGGCUAAAAUAUAAUUUAUUUUAAAGUUAUUCAAUGGUUCAACCUCGACCAGUGGCGGACCCAGAAAUUUUACAUAGGGGCGUCCUCUUUCAAAUCAUAAAGUAAAAAAAAUUAAAUUAGAAAAUACCCAACUCGUACAAGUUAAAAAAAGUCUAUGAUGUAUUUUCAUAUUCUAAAAAAAAUUGUAAAAUACACUUGGUGUCUACACUACUCAUUCACGAACUGACGCAUAUUCGACCUCUAAAUUUGUUUUUGAAGUAACUCAAAACUGAAAAGACAUUUUCAGCACUUGUCGUACAACCAUAAAAUCAAUAAAAAUUAAGAGUAGCUUGUAAUUAUAUUAAUUGUUAGGUUUUGAAAAUAAUCAAAGAUAGAUAAAAGGAUUUUGCUAUUACAAAGUGUUUAGAAUAUAACAACAAAAAAGUUGUAGCCUUAUGGAAAUUAUAUUUAUUAAUAAUAGUAGUGUCUCGGGUUUGAAUUAUCCAAACUACCACUUAUAUUCUCCUACACAAACUACAAAUGAGAGUAGAAUAAUCGUUUUUUCAAAUUUCAGGGUGUCCUGGACUAUUAAUUAUAAUUUUUUUGUCCAUACGUAUAUUACCACCGGAGGUUGGUUAAUCGUUUUUCCAAAAUUUAGGGGUGUCCCUUAAACCCUCCUGGGUCCGCCCCUGACCUCGACCAACCCAAUUAGUCUAAUUUUUAUCAUUUCAAAUAUAUAUUAUGUAAUUAUUUGAUAUCAUAAUGAUUAAAUUAUAGUGUAUUUUAUAGGGAAUCGUUUGAUAUUUGUUAGUAAAAAACUAAACAGAAAGAUCUAUUUGGCUAUUUUUAACAUUAAAACGAUCCUAAACAUUUUCAGUUUCCUUUCGAAAAUUCUAUAGUUUUAUUCCCGAAUCACUGAUGUGCAAAUGGCGAAUUGCAGUCAUCUCUUUUCUUUCACUAUUUUUUAUUUUCAAAUAGAAAGUUUAAAAGUAAAGAAUAAUUAGAGUUUGGCAUGGGUUGGUCAAACAGGCCGAAUUUCAAGUUUUGAUCCGUUUUGAUCAAGUCUAAUUUAUAAUCACAUGGUUCCCUGAUACCCGAUUAAAAUCUCAAUCCAAACCAGUUUGGCAGGUGAGUAUGUGUUUACCACCAUUAUCUAGAGAUACAAGAACGCGGGUUCAUAUCCCAAAUUGUGUUGCUGAUUCUUGAUUUCUUUAGAUUUUAUCAUGGCUUGGCAAAAACCAGAAUGCACAACGACGACAAGAUGAAAGUUUUAUAAAGCAAAUUAAUCGGCCAACGGGCCGAGUAAAAGCUAGCAAAGAUUGUGAGAUGCUCAUUUCCCGAAAAUAGGUGGGAUAGUCGAUUUUUUAUUCGAUUUUCUGGAAUUCGAUUUCUAUACAACUUACUACUCCACCUCAUCAUAUUGCCAGAAACAAUAUUGUUUCACAAGGUAACAGAUACUUGAUUUUGCUUCAUAAGGCUGAUUUUUGCUUCAUUGCAUAAUUCAUGUCUUUUUCCUACUAAGAUUCAGUAUUUUUAUCACGUGUUUCCCAAAAAAACUAUACAAUAAAAAGCUAUACACCCCAUUACAUUAUCAAAUUUCAUACCUCACCUUCUUCCGACCAACUGGCCGGGGCCACGCUAGUUUCUAAUAAUUUGUCGAUUUAGAUGAAAGUUUGUUUCGAUAAAGGUAGUGAGUCAUGCAUGGUUGUCAUGCCAUUGGUAUGUCUGUCAGUUAAACUAGAUUCAACGGGUAAUGGUCAUGAAAUCUGCUGGAAUAUCACAGACAUAUUGUUGCGCUCAAAAUCGGCCAAUUCUGAGGUUGAACCAGAUUUUGCAUGGAAGACCCUUUUGUGAGACUUGGAUUUUUACCUCUAAUCAAAAAAAAAUUUCAAGUGGUUGGUAAUAUUUUAAUAAUCCUAAUCAUAAAAAAGAAAUUAAUAACGGUCAACAAAAAUAUUUGCAGAAAUAAUUAUUGACAUUUCACCUUAAAGCUUUAGAACGAACACACAUGACACAUCGAGAACAUAAGAGUACAAGUGACAAAAACCUUAAAAUAUGAGCUCUUUCGUGGUAUCAAGCCUUUUAAAUUAGAUUACUCCAAUGAUGCAUCAACUCAACCAUCUGUAGGUAGUAGUAAUGUUGGUUAUUCUCACACAAUGCUCAAAAAAAGAUCAUGCUUGGGAAUAUGUCGAAGAUAUCAUAACCAAUGAUGGGAAGUUGGGGAAUGAGUGCAACUUGUGUGCUCGUGUGAUAAAUGGAAGAGGAAUUAUUAGAGUGAAGCAACAUUUAGCUAGCUAGAGAAAGACCAAGUUGGCCCUUAUUCUCAAAUUUCUCUCAUGUUAGACUAUUUCUUCUAUUAUUUUCCUACUUUUUUCUCGGUCCCAACUUUAAUACUAAAUGGUGCCUAAACAAGUACGUAAUUACAUUUUUGUUUAUGGCUUAGAAUUAUAAGCUAAACAAAGUAUAUUUUCUAUUUUCAUGUUGUUGUGGUGGCAUACUUGUACAUAUGUUACAACUUAUAACAACUCUCUACGACAACCACAAGUCACAACAACAAUAAAACUAUAGUAAACGAGGCCUAGGUAGCUAUUUUUGUUGUUUCAAAAAAUGAUUAAUUGCGAGAGUCUAUUAGUUGUUGGAAUAACUUUAUUUAAUAAAUUCUAUAUCAAAUUUCACUAGACCCACUUUCAAUGUACAUAUUUUUGGAAAAAAUUCAAAAGUACCACUGUUUAAAAAAAAAAUUCCAAAAAUACCAUCCAAUCCCAAAAAAUAUCAUCAUUUUUCAAAAACCGCCACCCGACCCUGCGGUUUACACGAAAACCGUUUGUCGGGGGCGCGGUUUUCUAUGCAAACCGCUGGGCAAGGGGGCGGUUAUAAAAAAAAAAAAUUUGGACCAAACCGCUGGUAUCCGACCGAUGCGAUUUUUUUUUACAUUUCGCAUAACUUUUCAAGAUCUACAACUUUUAGUAGGAUGAAAUUUUCAAAACAGGAACUAUUUGUGGAUAUACGGGACCUUGGGAAUAACUUUACCUUUACCUUUCACAAAUCCAUGUACAUUUUGAAAUUAUGAUUAUAUUAAAAGUUGUAGAUCUUGAAAAGUUAUAUGGAAUAAAAAAAAAUUCAGGACAUUCGGAUUUUGGAGCAUAAAGUUAUGGCCGCCCAAAGUUUGAGGAAAUAAAAAAAAUUCGUUUGAAGUUACAUUCGUUUGAAGUUUCGGCCGAAGUAAGGAGUUAGAUCGUAAAAAAAAAAAAAUUUUUUUGGACCAAACCGCUGGGUGGGGUGGCGGUUUUGGGUCAAACCGCCACCCCACCCAGCGGUUUGGUCCAAUUUUUUUUUUAUAACCGCCCCCUAGCCCCGCGGUUUGCAUAGAAAACCGCGCCCCCGACAAACGGUUUUCGUGUAAACCGCAGGGUCGGGUGGCGGUUUUUGAAAAAGGAUGGUAUUUUUGGAAUUUUUUGGGAUUGGAUGGUAUUUUUGGAAAUUUUUUUUAAACAGUGGUACUUUUGGAUUUUUUCCCAUAUUUUUCCUUCUCCAUUUUGCAUAACUCAUAUCCGAAACCAUAUUUUCCAUUUUGUUUCCAUCUCAUUUUCUCCCUCAAAUUUUUAAUAACUCGUCAUGCCACACUAUUCCAUCUAUUAUCUUCCUACUCAUGUCCUGAAGAUUAAUACUAAAUGAGUGAUAAGAAGUUACUAAAUGCAUUUUCUGUUUCUGGUUGUCAAUUUUUAUGAUUUGUGAGAAUAAGAUUAGGGGGUCGUUUGGAUGAGGAAUUCCAAUGGAUCAACCUCACACAAUUGUCUCGUUUUGAGUCAAUUGUGCUAGAUUGAUCCGUUUGGCAGCAGAAAAUUUGGAUGAAACAAUUUGGGCUGGGGAAUUCUGAAUUGACUCAUUUUGAGCCAAUUACAAUUGUCUGGGGUGGGGGCAGGUAAUCUGAAUUGACUCAUUUUAAAUGACUUGUUUUGUAAAAUGAAACAAUUGGUUAAAUUAUCUCGUUUUAUAAUUAAUCCAUCCAAACGACGAAUUCUCGGUAAUUAGAACAUGAUAAUUUGGAUUUCUUAUCCCACCGUCUGUCAGGAAUAAAUGCUCACCAUUCAGGCAUUCACCCAUGUGAUUAAUUUUGAUUCCUAACAAAAAAAUGUAUUGUUUUGUUUCACACAAUCUCAUUCAUGUCGUUCAUCAUCAACCACUUUUUUAUAUUGUGAAUAAAAGAGCGAGAAAGAGAGGAGGAGUGACUGAAUGAGAGAAGGUGGGAUGGGAAAGAAAGAGAAAUUUAUGAGACAAUGGCAGCACUAGCAGCAGCAGCAGCAAGGGCACUGUUGAGGAACAGGAAAGAGAGGGAGGGCAGCAGCUAACAAGAAAGAAAAGAGAGAACCAAACUAAAAGAGAACCAAGAGAAGAAAGAAAGAAAGAACCCCCUCCCCCCAAUAUAUGACAUCUGGUCUUCCUCUUCUUCUUUUUCUUUCCUGAUCUGAGUCCUCAGAGCUCUCUGCAGUAGGGUUCUUCCUCCCCUUCUUCCUUUCCCUCACUUAUUUUCCAAGAAGAACUGAACAAAUAGUGAAAAAAAUAAAGUAGCUAGGAAGAAGAAAUUCUUUGGAAAAGGAAUAGUGCCCAUCCAGCUGCCUGCCUUCUCCACAAACUGACUGACUGAUUCCUCUCUCUCCCUCUCCCUCUCUCUGUGUGCCUGCCUGCGCCCAAAGAAAAGAAGCCACCAAAAAAGACAGCAACUUUGAAGCUGAAAUAGCGGGGGGAGAAGAGAAGAAAAUAAUAUAAUGGAUCAGCAGUGUGGCCGUACAGUUUGUAGCAGCAGCAGAAGUAACAACAACAUUAUUAUGAAUGUUGGUGGUGGUGUUGUGAUUCCGCAGUCCUCUCCUUCUCCAUCUCCAUCUCCUUCUCCUUCACCUUCUUCUUCCCCUUGUUCAAUGGAGAUGGCGAAUCAUUCCUCCAUCCCUCACCACCACCACCACCACCAUAACAACAACAACAACAAUAAUGUGCUCUUUGUUCAUGGCAACGCAACCACUCAACCUCAACCACCACACCAUAACAUGGUUGCAGCUGCUGCUGCUGCUGCUAGGGUUUUUGGGAACAACAACAACAACAGCGACCCUUCUCCCUAUUAUUUCAUGGACGGCGGCGGCAUAAACAACAUGAUUAGCACCUCCAUUUCUGUCGCUGUUCCUGCUUCAGAUCCCAUGAUCAUCACUACUCCUCUUCCUAGCAGUCAUAAUAACACGAGUAGUGGUAUGAGGGCCAAGAUCAUGUCUCAUCCCCACUUCCCUCGCCUCUUGUCCGCCUACUCCAAUUGCCAAAAGGUUGGGGCGCCGCCGGAGGUGGCGGCGAAGCUGGAGGAAGUAUGCGGGGCGGGAGCGGCGGCGGCGAUGGCGGCGAGAGCAGGGUCAUCGGGAGGAGAAGGAAGCAUCAUCAGCAACGGUAGUAUAGGGGAAGAUCCAGCACUGGAUCAGUUCAUGGAAGCUUACUGUGAGAUGUUGACCAAAUACGAACAAGAGCUCUCCAAGCCUUUCAAAGAAGCCAUGCUUUUCCUCUCCAGGAUCGACUCCCAGUUCCGUGCCCUAACCCUCUCCACUUCCUCCCCCACUGGUUCCGGUGACUUCACCGGGAGGAACAAUGGAGGAUCGUCGGAGGAUGACAUCGAUGGACUCGAGACAAGCUACAUCGACCCACAAGCCGAGGACAAGGAGCUGAAAGUCCAGCUGCUCCGUCGAUACAGUGGAUACCUCGGCAAUCUGAAGCAAGAGUUUCUCAAGAAGAAGAAGAAGGGCAAGCUGCCAAAGGAAGCCAGGCAGCAGCUCCUCGAGUGGUGGAACCGACACUACAAAUGGCCCUAUCCAUCGGAAUCGCAGAAGGUGGCGCUGGCUGAGGCGACGGGGCUGGACCAGAAGCAGAUCAACAACUGGUUCAUAAACCAGAGGAAGAGGCACUGGAAGCCGACCGAGGACAUGCAGUUUGUGGUGAUGGAUGCUGCUUACCCUCACCAUUACUAUCUGGACAAUGGUGUGGGAAUGGGGAGCAAUGCAUUUCCUUUGGACUUCAAUUCCUCCACUUCUCAUCUUUGAUUUGGUUGUCACUUUGCUAGCUUAUCUCAUUCUGCUGCUGCUUGUUUAGUUUCCCUGGUUAUGAAGAAGGGGCCGGGGGAUGUUAUUGUGGCUUGUGAGUGUGUGUCUAGAAAUCUUAUCAUAUAUUAUGGUACCUAGGUGUAUUGUAUGUUUAUGUUUGUGAAAAUUAGGGCUUGGAUCCAAAUAUCCGACUUUUGAUAUAUUUAUCAUAUGUUAUGGAAUAUUAGUAUUGACUAUGUUAUAUAUUAUAAUUCAAGUUUUCUUGGCUUAGUGUUUGUGGGUAUGUUGUUGUAUGGUGGUUUGUUAGUAUUUUUGUGUUGUAUUUGCUAAAUUGUAACGCCGGUUUGAACACAAAAACAGGUUAUUCAAGUUCUGAAUUUAGAUAGGUAUUGGAAGAAUAGUUAGAUUAGGUAGAUAUUAUAUGUCUCGUUAGUAUGUUUAGGGUUUGAAUGGUGCAUAAUAUUCAGUUUCGUAACUCUUAGUCCUGGACUCCUUGUAACCUAAGCUAUAGCAAGAGCAACAACUUUCUUCUUGUCAUCAUAUUAUUAGCUACUGCCUUUGUCUGAUUUACUUAAUAACUGUCUACUCUUUGCAAUUAAUACUUUCCAAGAUAACGAAUUAUUUGCACCCAUUUUAUUAUGGUCCGUUGCCACAUGCAUUAUAAAGAUUUGAUUUUGGC